AUGGACUCACUACAGAUAGCUCUACACAUCGACAAGACAUUCCCAUCACCCCCACUUUUCCCAUCCGGCGACGCCAGCUACGCACUAUUCCUCGCCAUAUUCAAGAUCAUGACUCUGAUCGAGGCUGGGUUUCGUCCAUUGAUUAUACCACGCGUCGUAGACCACCUCGAUCCUCGGGGACAAGUCUACUUCCACGAGACACGGUCCAAGGCGUUGGGAAAACCGUUGUCGGAGGUACGACCCACGGACAAGGAGAGUUUGGAUAGGCUGUGGGAUAUAAUUGAGACGGAGUCUUCGACGCUGAUUGCCAUGCUGAAAGGAAAGGAUGGGAAGAAAGGCCCAUUCUUCGAGGGUGAGAAUCCUGGGUAUGCGGAUUUAGUGUAUGCUGCUCAGUUGACUUUUAUUGAGCGUUUUGAUAAGGGUCUUUUUGAGAGGUGUAUGGGUUUGGGGAAUGGUCAAGUUAGGGCUCUUUAUACGGCUUGUUUACCAUGGCUAGAGGGCCAGGGUGAAGAUAAGGAGUGGCCAAUUCCGCAAGAUGCCUGA